AUGCGUGGGCCUCGAUUGAAGUGGACUAUCCUCUUCGCCCUACCCACCUCCCCCGGCGCCAAUGUGUUCUCCUUCCCGUACAUUGUUGGAGGCGGCGGAGGAUUCGAGGAUCUGUUCGUUCUCUUCAUUGCUCGAUACCCUGACAAGUUCAACCUAUCCGCCUUCCUCAACAACCACAUCAAUGGCCUCCAAUCUAGGGGCGCGAAUAUCCAGCUGCCACACACAGCGGUGGAGAUUGGGUUGCGAUUAGCGUUGUGGUGGGUGGCAGUGGUGGGGAAUGGUGGAGGUCGACAAUUUGGGCGAGAAGAGAACAGAGAGGGAAAGAGAGAGACGAUGGGAAUGGGGAAUGAAGUUUUCAUUCUGUCCAUGCCAGCCACCUCUGAAAGGGAUGACUCGCCCUUAGCCCUCGUCUGGAAUUAUACAUAUUAA